ACGAGAUGACCGAGCAAAAUUCGAACCGAAGCUUCAGAUUUUUAGUUACCUGAACGUUACUCGCUUUGACGGCAACGCUAACUAUGGGUGCAUGGCCGUUGGGCGGGGCCGAGGUACCGGACAGAUUAUUGUUUCCUUUUGGCGCCACACGCUACUCUCUUUUAUUUCCUUGCUGUUUUCCUCUCCACGUGUUUCCCGAUGAUUUUUCUCCCCCUUGUAGCCAUCGCACUUCUUCCAUUCACUCUCGCUGCUCCCCAACCAGCUGGAGGUGUAGUUCAUGCCCCAAUCGUGCGAAGAAGUCAUUCCAACCGGGUUGCGAACUUACCAAAAGCCGUUGAAGCAUUGCGAAAGAAGUAUGGUUAUCCAGUAACGAAUGUGAAGAGCACGAAUUCGAAGCGAGCCAGCACUGCUGCAAUUCCCAUCACAGACGAGGAAAAUGAUUCCAGUUACUCAGGCGUGGUGAGCAUUGGAACUCCACCACAGAACUUUAAUCUUGUCCUCGAUACUGGCUCUUCUGACCUUUGGGUUGCAACAACUUUAUGCACCUCUUGCGGAUCAGAUAUACCUGAAUUUAACCCAUCAAAGUCGUCGACAUACAAGGCUACCUCCUCCCAGCUGGAGAUUGAUUAUGGCUCAGGAUCGGCGCAAGGUAUUGUCGCCCAAGAUAGUGUCACCUUUGGGUCCUUCGAAAUGUCUCAGGAACUCCUCGCUGUUACUAACAUUACCUCUGGAUUGAUUGACGAUGGGCUCUCCGGUAUCAUGGGUCUCGGGUUUGCCUCGAUUUCUGCCCUGCAGACUACCCCCUUUUGGGAAGCACUCUAUAAUGCCAAUGAUCUCGCUGAACCCUUGUUCUCUUUCUACCUUGAACGCUACGUCGACCAAGCCAAUCAGAUUAGUACUGCUCCAGGCGGUGUGCUCACUCUCGGAGGAACAAAUUCGAGUUUGUACAACGGCUCUAUCGAGUACUUGAACCUGACUGGUCCGUCAUCGUAUUGGUUGCUCACCGUUAGCUCGGUCACUGUACAAGGCAAGACGAUCGUCAUUGACCCACUUAGUGGUCUUGCUGCCAUCGACACAGGGACUACCCUCAUCGGGGCACCCACACCCAUUGCCGCAAGUAUUUGGGCCCAAGUGCCUGGCUCCACAGAGCUUACCGGAGAUUGGCAAGGCUUAUAUGCAUUCCCUUGCGACACUAAUGUCACAGUUUAUAUCUCAUUCGGCGGUACAAACUGGGCGAUCAGUCCCCUUGACAUGAACCUCGGCACCCUCAAUGACACCAUGAUCGGCAACGCGACCGCCUCUUCUCAGAUGUGUGCUGGCGGUAUCUUCGAUAUUGGGAUUGGCAGUGUUCCUGCUUGGAUUGUCGGUGACACCUUCCUGAAGAAUGUGUACUCUGUCUUCCGUGCUAGCCCCGCUGCCGUUGGCUUCGCCCAGCUUGCCAGUGGAUUGAGCUCUUCAACCGGAUCUUCCGACCCGAACCCAGUACAAGUGACUGGCUUGGUGCCCCUGCCUACUAGUACCUCCGCGAGCUCGAGUGGGAGUGGAAACUCGACCAGCGGCAGCACAAGCUCUGGAUCUGUUUCUCUUAUCGAGAACAUCGCUUUAUCGCUUACUCUUCUUGCCUCUGUUGCAGGUUGCUUUACCCUCUUCCUCUAAGUAGAGCUCAUGUAUACUAUAAUUUGAGAAUUCACGACGCAUAGAUCAUUCAUCUUUUUAUUUUUCAUGAAACAAUAUUGCAGGAAGGCAACUGACCGUACAAUGCAUAGAUCAUUUAUCUGUUUUUCUUCUGACGCACAGUGCAUACAUUUUACGAUACCAUCAUUCUCAGUAUGAUUUAUGCCUUGACGAGACACUUUGCAAUUUCAAUCUGACUUUCGGUUUUACACGUCCUUUUAGUGUCCUUUCUGAAUAGCGAGAACG